UAACAAGAGAAAAGAGAAAUUCAUUGAAUUCCAAAGAUGAAUAUCAACCGAAAUUCAUUGAAUAAAAAAAUCAUGCACAAAGGAGCUUCCUUUGCGAGAUUGGAGACCGGAUCGUGGCGGGUCUUGGCCGGAGCAUGGCCUUUGAGGCGGAUCGGGUUGUUUGGUGGUGGAUCGAGGCGUUUGGAGGCAUUGGGACCAUAGAUGGGAGCGUUUGGGGCUAGAGAGGUAGUGACCGAGAAGAAGAAGAGAUGAAGAAGAAGAAGAGAUUCAGAAGAAGAACAGAGAAAAAAGACGAACCCAGAGGAGAAGAGAAGAAAGGGUGGCUGCUAGGGUUUCUGGACCCUCUGUUUUUUUGUUCUGCAGCUGCUAGGGUUUCAGAUGUUGUCGGCCCAGCUCCCCUAUUCACCCAUCAUCUAGGUUUUUCCUUUGCUUCUGAACGGUUCAAUCAACUCUAUUCCAUACGCGUUUUGGCAGAGUGUAUGGGUGACGGUUGUACGAACUUGAACGGGUUUUGGCAGAGGGUAUGGUGAGGCUUGUACGAAAUCGAAAGGGAUGGUUCGUGAAGAGUGAUGGAGCGGCUUGGUGAGGCUUAUGCGAAGUACUUGAUGCAGAAUCAGUCAGCAGGUUUGAAUUCUGAUUGAUUCGAUUUGUAUGAGAUGGAAUUUGGUUUGAUUUGUAGAAAGAGCUAUCUUCCUCUCUAACUUCUUUGUUCAAUCCCCCUUGUCUAAAUUGACUCAUUGAUUGAUUGAUUGAUUGUACAAAUAGUUAACCUAUCCAUAUUCCAAUGACCAUCUAUUGGUAGAGUUAUGGGUUCUUGAUUUUUUAUAUUAAAUCUCCAUCCCAAGCUAUCUAUAAAUACCACCAUUGUUUUGUUAUUUUUCCUCAUCCUUGGUUGUUCCUUUGUUUGGGGUUGAAGUAUCCAAACUUAUUUGAGCAUUUUCAUAUUCUGUUGUGUUUUCUUGAUGGUUUUAAUGGCUGGAGCAUUGAAUCCCCUUUGUUCCAUAUGCAUUGGGAUCGAUCCUAAAAAAGAUACUUGGAGAGUGAAGGUUCGGGUUCUUCGUGUUUGGGAUAUGUUUCCAGUUGGUGAACCCUCAAAACCUUAUGCUAUCCAUGUUGUGCUUAUUGAUGUAGAGGGUGUGAAAAUUGAGGGCAUUAUUAAGAAAGGGAUGCUAAAAAAGUUUAGAGGUGAACUGGUUGAGGGCAGUGUAUACAUGAUAACUUAUUUUAAUGUUAUUUUAAGCUCCGGUGCAUUUCGUGCCACUGAGCAUGGGUUCAAGAUAGUAUUUAAUAGCCGGACAAAGGUUGUGCCUGAUUCUGGUGAGACGAUUCCAACUAUUGGUUUAUCAUUGAAGCACUGUGCUGAAAUUAGGAUGACACUUGGUGAAUCUGACUUUCUAAUAGAUAUGAUUGGAUUAGUUACUGGUGUUUCAACUGAGAAGAAUUAUGCUAAGGAUGGUCAGACUACAAGGAAGAUUGAACUUGAAUUAACUGAUGACAAGGGGAAGAUAAGGUGUGCCCUUUUUGGGAACUAUGUUGAUAUUAUUAAAGAAUUUCUUGAUUCAAAUGGAAGUCUAGAUUGGUUACCUGUCGCUGUUAUUCAGUAUGCGAAGAUUAAGUUAUUCAGGGGUAAUGUGGUCCUUCAGAAUGUAAUGAAUGCUACAAAGGUCCUUUGGAAUCCUGAAAUUCCUGAAGUUGCUUCUUUUUGUGCUGGGUUGUCCUUGCAUGGUAUUGAUCCAUGUAUGCCCCUCGGUGACAUUGAUGAUGGUAUUCGUCAUAUUCAUAUGGAUGAUAAGUUUCUGAAAUUAUUUCCAAGGAAAACACUGCAUGAGUUACACUCUACUGAGGAGGAGGGUAUGUUCAUAGUGUUGGCUAAAAUCACUGGUUUAGUCGAAGGGGAGAAGUGGUGGAUUAAGGUUGAAGUUUCUGAUCUUAAUGAGUCUGCAAUAUUUGUUCUGUUUGACUUUGAGGGUCAGCAUCUACUUCAAAGUUCAUGCAAGGAGUUAGUUGUUUCUGCCAAGGUAUACUGA